AUCGAUCUGGAUACGGGGCACCUCGACGUGAUUGUUAACAUCCUCCAUUUUCCGAGGAAACUAACCAGCGGAAGCGAUAUCUUUAAUCGCUUUUUAUUUUGAAUUCUUAUCAAUUUUUCUUGGUAAACAGAUUUGUCGUAACGAAAUUAUUGUAUAGAAAGUCGAAUUAUCCGUUGGAAUAUUUGGUUUUUUUUACGAAAAAUGGGCAAACAUAUGCAAACUGUUGCUGCCAUGGCAUGCAUGAAAACUCUGUUGAUGAUUUUCAAUACCGUAUUUUGGAUUACCGGGGUGGUUAUAUUAGCUAUUGGAGUAUGGGUUGAGGUGGAAUUAUACAAAUAUAUGGAAAUGAGUACCGCCUUUAGUCAUACAACUUCGUAUGUUUUAAUAGUGACAGGAUUCCUUAUUAUCCUCGUAGCUUCGUUAGCUUGUUGCUGCACAAUUAAAGGACAGAUAAAACUUCUGUAUGUCUACAGUGUUUUUUUGGCUAUAAUAUUCGUUGUGGAGCUCGGAGCAGGUAUUUCGAUAUUUACGUACCGUACAAAAUUGACGGAAGGUUUCGAUAAUGGGAUUACGCAAGCCAUGGAAAACUAUCGAAACGACAGCACGCAUUUAGCUGAAGAUUUCGAUCUGAUGCAAGAAACGUUAAAAUGUUGUGGAAAUCACGAACCAAGAGACUGGUUGGAUUUGACACCUUCUGAACCUAUACCACAAUCUUGUUGUAUUCAAGAAAACUGUAAUACCGAUAAAGAAGAUCAAAUUUACGAUCAGGGUUGUUAUACGAAAAUAAUCGAAUUUUUGAAUAACAACGUGGGAAUCGUUGCUGGUGUCGCCGUUGGAAUAGCUUUCUUUCCAUUAGUAGGAGUUCUGUUAUCUUGCUGUUUAGCAAAUGUCAUAAAGAAAGCAAAAUAUGAACCGAUGGCUUGAAUUUACAACUUUAAAUUCCAGUCAUUAUGAGUAUGCUUAAGUUUCGUGAAUGUAUACAUAUUUAACCUACGCUUAUUUAUAUUGAACCAACCUUAUAAAAAUAUUUUUGGAUAUCCGCCUAUAAAAACCAAGGUUGGCUUCGAAAAAUUUAUAAAUUAGUGUAAAUCAGUAGAAUAUCUUAACUAAACUGCUUAAAAUAGCCCAAAAUAAUAUUUUUUUAUUGUAUACUAAAAAUAUGUAAAACAAAAACGAAACAAUUGUUAAAAAUUUGGUAAAAUAUUCCACCAAAUAUCAUAAACUUGGUUUUAUAGAGACGGAUUCCCAUUUAUAUCUCGUUUUAUUUAAUUAUGAAAACUUGAUGUACAAAAUUCUUGUUAUCAGUAUAAUCAUUGCAUUCUGACCUCUUGUCAACCAAAAUCUUACAACUUAUUUUAUUGAUUCAAAUAAUUACUUGAGUUUUGUGAAUGUAUACAUAUAUAACCUACGAUUAUUUAUAUUGAACCAACCUUAUAAAAAAUUAUUGGAUAUCCGCCUACGAAAACCAAGGUUGGCUUCAAAAAAUUUAUAUAUCAGUGUAAAUCAGUAGAAUAUCUUAACUAAACUGCUUAAAAUAGCCCAAAAUAAUAUUUUUUUAUUGUAUACUAAAAAUAUGUAAAACAAAAACGAAACAAUUUUUAAAAAUUUGGUAAAAUAUUCCACCAAAUAUCAUAAACUUGGUUUUAUAGAGACGGAUUCCCAUUUAUAUCUCGUUUUAUUUAAUUAUGAAAACUUGAUGUACAAAAUUCUUGUUAUCAGUAUAAUCAUUGCAUUCUGACCUCUUGUCAACCAAAAUCUUACAACUUAUUUUAUUGAUUCAAAUAAUUACUUGAGUUUUGUGAAUGUAUACAUAUAUAACCUACGAUUAUUUAUAUUGAACCAACCUUAUAAAAAAUUAUUGGAUAUCCGCCUACGAAAACCAAGGUUGGCUUCAAAAAAUUUAUAAAUCAGUGUAAAUCAGUAGAAUAUCUUAACUAAACUGCUUAAAAUAGCCCAAAAUAAUAUUUUUUUAUUAUAUAGUAAAAAUAUGUAAAACAAAGACGAAAAAUUUUUUAAAGAAUUGAUAAAAUAUUCCACCAAAUAUUAUAAACUUGGUUUUAUAGAGACGGAUUCCCAUUUAUAUCUCGUUUUAUUUAAUUAUGAAAACUUGAUGUACAAAAUUCUUGUUAUCAGUAUAAUCAUUGUAUUCUGACCGCUUGUCAACCAAAAUCUUACAACUUAUUUUAUUGAUUCAAAUAAUUACUUGAGUUUUGUGAAUAUAUUCAUAUUUAACCUACGAUUAUUUAUAUUGAGCCAGCCUUGUAAGAAAAUUAUUGGAUAUCCGCCUACGAAAACCAAGGUUGGCUUCAAAAAAUUUAUAUAUCAGUGUAAAUCAGUAGAAUAUCUUAACUAAACUGCUUAAAAUAGCCCAAAAUAAUAUUUUUUUAUUGUAUACUAAAAAUAUGUAAAACAAAAACGAAACAAUUUUUAAAAAUUUGGUAAAAUAUUCCACCAAAUAUCAUAAACUUGGUUUUAUAGAGACGGAUUCCCAUUUAUAUCUCGUUUUAUUUAAUUAUGAAAACUUGAUGUACAAAAUUCUUGUUAUCAGUAUAAUCAUUGCAUUCUGACCUCUUGUCAACCAAAAUCUUACAACUUAUUUUAUUGAUUCAAAUAAUUACUUGAGUUUUGUGAAUGUAUACAUAUAUAACCUACGAUUAUUUAUAUUGAACCAACCUUAUAAAAAAUUAUUGGAUAUCCGCCUACGAAAACCAAGGUUGGCUUCAAAAAAUUUAUAAAUCAGUGUAAAUCAGUAGAAUAUCUUAACUAAACUGCUUAAAAUAGCCCAAAAUAAUAUUUUUUUAUUAUAUAGUAAAAAUAUGUAAAACAAAGACGAAAAAUUUUUUAAAGAAUUGAUAAAAUAUUCCACCAAAUAUUAUAAACUUGGUUUUAUAGAGACGGAUUCCCAUUUAUAUCUCGUUUUAUUUAAUUAUGAAAACUUGAUGUACAAAAUUCUUGUUAUCAGUAUAAUCAUUGUAUUCUGACCGCUUGUCAACCAAAAUCUUACAACUUAUUUUAUUGAUUCAAAUAAUUACUUGAGUUUUGUGAAUAUAUUCAUAUUUAACCUACGAUUAUUUAUAUUGAGCCAGCCUUGUAAGAAAAUUAUUGGAUAUCCGCCUACGAAAACCAAGGUUGGCUUCAAAAAAUUUAUAUAUCAGUGUAAAUCAGUAGAAUAUCUUAACUAAACUGCUCAAAAUAGUCUAAAAUAAUAUUUUUUUAUUAUAUAGUAAAAAUAUGUAAAACAAAGACGAAAAAUUUUUUAAAGAAUUGAUAAAAUAUUCCACCAAAUAUUAUAAACUUGGUUUUAUAGAGACGGAUUCCCAUUUAUAUCUCGUCUAUUCAAUUAUGAAAACUUGAUGUACAAAAUUCUAAUUAUCAGUGUUUUUUCUCGAAUUAUCUUCUCGAUCAUAAUUAUUAUACAAAUAUAAAAUUAAAAAUAUGAAGUGAAUUUAACAUUAGCUAUAUUAUCUCUUCGAUUAUUUAAGUAAUAAGAAGAAAAAAGAUUAAAAAUUUUAACUAAAAUGCACAUUGUAUUCAUAAUUCUUGCACUCUUACUCUACUAAUGUAUUUUUUCGUAUCUUAAAUAAGUGUAUGAAUAUAUACGAUUGUGAUCUUCGUUUUUUUUUGAGGUUAUAUACCGAUUUAAAAAAGGUGAACGACAACGAAAGAUUUUAUUCGCUUUCUUGGUAUUCACAAUAUUCAAUACAGUCAUUUUGGCACAAGAAUUAGCAUAAAAAUUAACAACUCACUUAUUUUUUUCCAAUUUAAUACAAAUUUAUUCCUUUAUUUGAAUGUAUGUUGACGAUCUCUGCAUAAUUUUAUUUUUGGAUGGAUAUUUGGGGAUCUACUGAGAAAGCAUUUUAUAUGGAUAUAUUUAAAGAUUACAAAAAAGCUCUAGGAAGCAAUUCAAUGUUUGCAUUUCUCUUAUUAUAGUAGAUGUUAGCUAUUACAAUUUCAAAAAUGAAAAAAAACCGUUCAUAAAUACGUAUUUCCGGCCUAAAUUUUCCUAUUUCUACAAAAAUAUAUCUCUACGUAUAGAUAUUUUGAAAAAAAAACAAA